UUGCACUCUGUGGUACGUGAUAUUGAGUACAACCACAACAGGUAGACUGUGCUGUGUGGGUGGAUGCAUGCAGUAACAAGGCGGAUAUUUGGUGGUUCUGGUUGCGACAUAUGCAGGUUGUGGUGUGCGUGUGUGUGGCUGUUUGCUGCGUCCGAGUGCGUGAAUUUUGAAGUGGAUAGGUAAACGACACGACAUGAUUACAACUGACUCACCUGCAACUUCCAAUGACGACAAAAGCUUCAUUGUCUUGGCUGUUGUUUUGCCUUCCGCUGUUGUUUGCCUCCUUCUCCUCAUUGUCGUCAGCAUAAUCCUAAGAAUCAGAGAAUGUGCCUUCAGAAGGCAACAGGAAGUCACACAUAGGACACCUACUAGUGGAAGAGCUCGAGAUGCGAGACCAAACGAGAGUGGAAGAGACCUGGAUAUGAUGGAAAUGACGUGUUCAGGUAGUGGGUCUGGACUCCCACUACUCGAGGUGAGAACGCUAGCACGACAGAUCAAGUUUGUGGAGCAAAUCGGAGCCGGACGGUUUGGCGAGGUUUGGCUCGGAAUAUGGCGCGGAGAACAAAUCGCAGUGAAAGUCAUGUCGACGCAGGAUGAACGCUCGUGGCGUCAGGAAGCAGAGAUGUACGAAACAAAGAUGCUCCGGCAUGGAAACAUCCUGGGCUUCAUUGCUGCUGACAACAGAGACAACGGCACGUGGACAGAACUGUUGAUGGUGAUGGACUACCAUCCACUCGGUUCUCUCUACGACUACCUCAACAAUCAUUCGAUUACACUCACUGAGAUGUACAAGUUCUCGACGUCGAUCGCUGAGGGAUUGUCCUACUUACACAUGGAAAUCGUCGGUGCAAAGAACCAAUCAGGAAUCGCAAACAAGCCAGCGAUCGCACACAGAGACCUAAAAAGCAAGAACAUUUUAGUUAAAGACGAUGGGCAAUGUUGUAUUGCUGACUUGGGAUUGGCAUUGCGACAUGAUCUGGCUCACGACUCAAUCGAGCGAUUUUCUGAGUACACGAAGCAGGGAACGAGGAGAUACAUGCCACCAGAGGUUCUUGAUGAUUCAAUAAACUUUGCUCUGUUUGACUCGUUCAAGGAGGGGGAUAUCUAUUCGAUGGGGCUUGUGUUUUGGGAGAUUAUUAGAUGCACGGAGACACAUGGCAAGGUGGCUGCCUCCUAUAAGUUGCCCUUUUAUGAUGUUGUGCAGUCCGAUCCGUCGGUAGAAGAGAUGAAGAAAGUGGUUUGUAUGGAGGGCAAGCGACCAGUAAUACCAGAGACGUGGACUAACAAUGAGUGCCUGCAAGUAGCAAUAAAAGUCAUACAAGAAUGCUGGUACACCAACGGAUCGGCUCGACUCACCGCCCUACGAGUGAAACGAAAACUUCAAACUAUUAAUCAAUACUUAAAGGUCCGAUGAGACACAAGCACCUCUUCAUGUCUGUCACGUGUGAUACAUACAUAGACAUAGAUUUCCCAAUUCAGAGAGACAUGCUGUGCUACAGUUAGUUCGGGGUGGAAUGUGUUGCAAACAUUCCAAAAUUGAUAUUAACAAAAUCAAUAAAA